ACAUGGACUAAGAAAGCGGGUAUAGAGAGAGAAGGACGAAAGAGAACCAGAUGGAGGAAGAGAGAGAAACAAUGGAAACAGAAAAGUAAGACAAAGGCAGGCAGACUGAGAUUCCUUUGAUAGUCACCGACAUUGACAUCUUCUUCUUCAAACAAACGAAUAUUCCUUUCCUCUCUCCUCUCUUUCUCUGUUCCUUCCUACGCGGAUCAUCAUCCGCGCCGCGCCAGAGACCCUAAGAACCCUAAAACUCUAUUCAUGCAUCAUUUCCGUUGAUUCAGGCGCUUUGUUUCGUUUGGCUGAAGAAAUCUUUAAUUAGAUUACAAAUUUCAUAUAUGAGGCAUAAUUGGUCAGUUUUCCUUGAUCCUGACGGUGGAUCAUCGCCUUACAUCUUGCCAGCAGAUCCAAUCGUGUCUCAUAGUUUUGAAUUGCUGUGUCAAAUUGGUUCAUUAGUGAACAAUUCUAUUAACAACUCUAGAUACUUGUAUUCCCAUGGCAGCCUGGCUCUUCAGGAAGCUUUGAGUUGUAUAUCAAAGUUUGCUGGAACAUUGUUAUUAUGGUGUGCCAGUCGAUCAAACUCCAAUUUUUGUCAUGGAUCGUCAAGGAAUUCUUCUACUGUACAAUCAACAACUAUAACCUCAACUAGGAAUAAUAAUAAUCUCUUGGGAUUUCGCUUCGAUUUUAACUCGAAAGGUGAAAUUUCCUACCCAGUGAUUUUGGGGAAUGGAGCACAAGAGUUUUACUCAUUUCCAAUUUUCUCCUUGGCUGCUGCUCUAAUACCGCCGUUUGACAAUAUCUCCUCCAAGACAUUUAAAAUUCCGUUGGAGGAUAUGGAUAUGCAAAUGCAAAGAUGCUUAGAUAAAGGAGGGCCAUGUGAUGUUCAUUAUCGUGGUUGUGGUGAUCUUUCAUUUUUGGAUUCCGAUUGGAGAAGACACACAACUGAGCCUAGAACCGGCAUUGAGUUUCCAACUAUGUUGGAAAACAUGAUUGAUGACGAAAACAAUUUUAGCUCAAACCCUGAGGUCCUUGUUGGAACGGGAUCUAAGACAAUGAAGAUAAUCAAGAUCAAAACUCUGAAAGUUUAUGCGUUUGGCUUCUAUAUUCAUCCUUAUGAUGUUUGUAGAAAGUUGGGUCCAAAGUAUGCAUCAGUUCCAUUCGCUGACUUAACAAAAUGCCCAGAUUUCCUUAAAGACAUUCUCAGGGAGGACAUCAACAUGAGUAUAAGGCUUGUGGUUAACUAUAAUGGGAUGAAAGUUAGCUCGGUAAAAGAGGCCUUUGAGAAAUCACUUAGAGCGCGUUUGUUGAAGGCAAACCCAGAGACUGAUUAUGCCUGUGUAAAGACAUUUGGAUCUCUUUUCACACAAGAUGUUCCUUUACAUGUGGGAACAAUAAUAGAUUUCCGAAGAACAGCUGAUGGAAGAUUAAUAACUGAAAUUGGCGGUAAUAGGAUUGGUGCAGUCCAAAGCAGAGAUUUAUGCAGAGCUUUUUUCGAUAUGUAUAUUGGAGAUUACCCAGUCUCGGAGAAAACGAAGGAAGAAGUUGGGAAAAACAUCGUUAGUAUAAUCAGAUGGUGCUAAUUACCAAUCCAAACAUGUAGCAACUCUUAAUCUAGCGGUUUAGAUUUGGAAACAGGCUUAAACAAAGCGGGAAAUAUUGAACCAACCGCGUUAGUAUAUUCUUUGUAAAAUGUUUUUUAGGAUAGAAAAUUCAUUUGUUAUCUUACAAGUUCAAAUAAAAUUUAUGUUGCA